CCCGCGGCUCCGGCUCCUCCGGCCGCCCAUGCCCCGGCCGCUGCUCCCGCCGGGGAGGCCGCGAGGGGCCCAGCCUCGCACAGCGGCUUUUGAAUUCGUGUGAGCUGUUGGAGGGUACCCUUUGGAAAAAAAAAACAAGGGGUGCAAGGGCUCCAGUUGUGCGUUUCUCCGGGGGUUUCUUUGCGUCUUUGUUUACCUUGGAUGGCUGCUGCAUUGCUGGAGACCACAUCUAGCUCACCCAGCCUCCUAGACAACGUGCUCAAUGCUUUGAGACUGGAAGGACCUUGCUCUGCAAUGAAGAUGGAGGCAGCAGGAAAAGCAGAAGAACUUGUUGAUUCAGAAAUUCCACCUCAGACAUCUGAAAAGCAAGACACUGCUCCUGAUGAAGACAGGCCUAUAGAACUCGAGACACAGCCUCAGAAGGACGGCGUGCCCGCUGCAGCAGACUCUGCGGUGCUCUCUUCCAUGCCUUGCUUGCUGAUGGAACUGAGGCGGGACUCCUCGGAGUCUCAGCUGGCGUCUACGGAGAGCGACAAGCCAGCAGGUGGCCGAGUUUAUGAGAGUGACUCUUCUAACCACUGCAUGCUUUCCCCUUCCUCCAGUGGGCAUUUGGCCGACUCAGACACGCUGUCUUCCGCAGAGGAGAACGAGCCCUGCCAAGCUGAAGCUGCCGCGGAGGGAGACCCUUCGGCAGUGUCCGGGGCUGCGGUCGGGAGGAAAUCCAGGAGAUCCAGGUCUGAAAGUGAGACUUCAACAAUGGCUGCCAAGAAAAACCGACAGUCUAGCGAUAAGCAGAACGGCCGAGUUGCCAAGGUGAAAGGUCACCGGAGCCAAAAGCACAAAGAGAGGAUCCGGCUCCUGAGGCAGAAGCGGGAGGCGGCUGCUCGCAAGAAGUACAACCUGCUGCAGGACAGCAGUACCAGCGACAGUGACCUGACGUGUGACUCCAGCACGAGCUCGUCAGACGAUGAUGAAGAGGUUUCAGGGAGCAGCAAGACAAUCACUGCAGAGAUACCAGAUGGACCCCCUGUUGUGGCUCACUAUGAUAUAUCAGACACAAACUCAGACCCAGAAGUGGUAAAUGUGGACAAUUUGUUGGCGGCUGCAGUAGUUCAAGAGCACAAUAAUUCUUUAGGAAAUCAAGACUCAGGAUCUGCCUGGAGAACCAGAGGGCUGCUGAACGAAAUGAGUGCUGAUACAGGUCGUUUGGAUCCAGGCUUCCUUGCAGGUGACAAAACCUCUUGUGGUAAUGCCCAGGCCAAUGAAGAAAUUAACAUUGCCUCUUCUGAUAGCGAAGUAGAGAUUGUUGGAGUUCAGGAACAUGCCAGGUGUGUGCAUCCCAGGGGAGGGGUGAUCCAGAGCGUGUCCUCCUGGAAGCGCGGCUCGUCGUUCGGGAGCGCCCAGCCCGCGCAGCCAUGGACAGCAGUGGCUCCCCAGCAGAACUGGUCCUCGCCCCCAGAAGUGGUGGACCUCACUCUGGACGAGGACACCAGGCGCAAAUACCUCCUGUAAGGCCCUGUCACUGUGCUCUGGCCCCCUCCCCUGCUGCCCUCCCUGGCAACAGAAGUUCAGUGGUUAAACCAUCACCUCCAGAGGCCCCGUCCUUGGCACCAAGAAACCCAAACCCGCGGCGUUUCUCCACGUCCACAGGAAUGUAGUCUGAUUUCAGUAUCACUUCAAAUGGCUUUGCCUUCUCCGAGGAGGAUUACUGCCCAGAAUUAACAGCACCAAAUCUAGAACACAUCUGCAGUUACUAACGUGUGCGUGUAUAUCUAACGAAAUAACUGCGUGCAAACUUGCGUCCUCCCACCCUCCCCACCUCCCAGCUCCAGGACUUUUUUUAAUUUAUCAGUAUCUUGAGUUUGUUAGUAGAAGUUAGUGUGUUGCUGUGUGAGCAUCGGUGAUUUUAAGAAAUGCUGUGUCCUCACCAAUUUCAGCGGACCUGGGGGGGGGUAUUCAACACUUCCAGUUUGGGCCAGGAGUAUUUUUACCCUAGCUGAUUUGGUUAUGCCACCAGCAGGAGGGAUUGUCUUUAAUGCAAAUGGCCCGUAACAAAUGCACUGAACAGCUUUAAUUAAAACAUUUUUAUUUUCAAUGUAACUUAUAGUUUAUACUCUUCAGUGCUGAGUCUUCUGUCCACUUGGCUACUGUGUUUCGCUGGUCAAUUCCCACAGCUUGAAAUGGCUAAAAUAGUAAUAGUAGUGACAUAGGAACAGCUGAACAUUGCAAAAGCACAGGAAAAGGUAAUAAAAAGGCCCAGCAUCCCUCUCCUUUUUAAUUACAGCUGAACUUCUUUACCUCUAUCUGAGUUUCACCUGGAGUAGAUGAAGGAGAGGAAUUAAAUGUUUUAAUCACAGUCCCAAUCUCUACUGCUGCUUGUUUGUGUCAUUCACCAUCUCAGAAAAUAAAAAACAAAUCCCAAGCAAAUUCCAAAGCUCCAUCCUGGCAAAGGGGUGUUCAGCUGGGACCUGUUCCUUUGUGGGGCCACUCAAGUGCUUAAAAACUCUGUCCUGAAAGAUGUUGCAGGAUCGGGGUCAGAAACUAAGGUUGUGGUUUUUAACUUUUUUUUUUUUUUGUUAAACUAGUAAUCUUCACCAUUUCCCUGGCUUUCAAUCAUGCCUCUCAUGCUAGUUUUGGAAAUGCCAAGAUUCAGGAAACACUUUCUACCAGAGUAUUUACCAAAAUCAGUGGAACGACUCAUUUUAGCAGGCUGCAGUUUCUGUGGUGUAUAUGGAAAUUCCUGCCCCUUGUCCGUCAUUUUGAGCCUUUCCCAAGGCAAAAACCAAAGAUUAGACUUUAACAAUAUGAUAUUAUUCACUUUAAAUGUCUAUUGUGCAAUUAAAACAUUCCUUCAUAUUCCAGAUGUUUCUAUUGGGAAUUUUGUACAGCUCUGACAUUAGAUUUUUUACUAUUUAAGGCUGAACAGGCGUGGUCAGGACAUGGGAAGUUCUGCUUUCCUUUCAUGUCAGCUGGCUUUCAAAAUUUAAUUGGCUUCCUUUAAUUUUAUCUGUGGGCAAAAUAAAAAAAAUUAAAAUAGAGUUGCCUGUGUUGUCACAUAAAGGAAAAACAGCCCAGCAGGGGGGUAUCGUUAGUAACAAACAUCUGUUUCUCCCAUAAGCAGAACAGUUCAUGCUGCACUUUACAGAGCAGCUAGGUAAGGAUUGAUAUUCCCAUUUCCAGCUUUCUAGAGCAUUGAACAUAACUGUCUUGCAUGGCCAGAAAAAUAUCUCUCAUGUUUUUAGUGACCAAUUCCUUUCUGUGGGAGGGAGGGAGGGGAGCACGGAUGGAUCCUGUUGGCCCCGCAGCAGGGAAGGGCCCCGUGCUGCUCUGCCCAUCCUUUCUCCUCGUGUUUCCAUCAGCUGUGGGCUCGCACACCUGCUGUACAGGUAACUUUGGAACAGCCACCUCCUGUGGCUGCUUCUUCCCGUUUCACAGAGUCUCCUGAAGAUUGGUUGUGAAGAAAGCUGCAGGGACCCCGUUUGCAGUCCUUCCGUGAAAAAAAUGCAAACUUAUCUCUCCUUGUUUUUCAGUUUGUAUAUGAUGUGACUUCCACGUGUACAUAAAAACAACUGCCUCCUAACCAAACUUCCUCCAAUUGUGCACUGUGUUUGUUUAAACAGCUCAUGUAUGGUAGUCCGAUGCAGGUUUUCUUUUAUUUAAAACACUAUGUAUUUUCUCUUAACAAGUUUCAAGGCUAGUGAUCUGACAAAAGCAAUCACUGGAUAUAGGUAGGAAAUAGUUUGGUUUUGUUUCUUUCUUUUUUUUUUUUUUUUUUUUUUUAAUUUUUUUUAAACUUCUGUUUUUUAAAAAGAGCAAAAAUGUGCCUGCGUGGUUUUUGCUCUUCUCAGCAGGAAAGAGAAAAGUUAGCCAUUGUAUGGCUGUGAACCAGUGCACUUGGGGCCUGGUCCAGAACCCACUGGGGUCAGUCUGGGGCUGCCUAUUGACCUCAGUGUGCAUUGGCUCAAGCCCUUCAGGGUUUAGCAGUUUUCCUGAAUUGCUGGAGUGUGAACUUGGAAUCUUCUGUAGUGAAGACAAAUCAUUGCUCAGAAUAUAAAUGUUUAAAAUGUGCGGCUCUAGUUAAAAAUAAGAUUUGAUUCUUCUCGACACUCACAAUUUAGUUCUCAUUUUCCAUCUAGUAUUUAAUGGUCUUUGGAGAGAAAUAAUAAUAAAACAGAGUGUUAUAUAUAUAUAUAUAAAUAUAUAUAUUUUUGGUGCAAGAUGAGACCUUCUGUUUUUUGAAACAAGUCUGUAGCAUAAAGGUUAAACUAUUUUAAGACGAAAUAAAAUAGAGUGUAUUAUUUAAACAAUA